UAAAAUUUUUUUUUGAAAUGGAAGACCACGCAUAUGACGAUUUAAAAGAGAGUAGAGAGCUGGACAUUGACUUUCAUUUGCUAAUGCUGUUAUGUAAAACUCGAAUGAAUAGUUAUAGAAAUGCUAUUUUUAACCAUGGAGUUUUUAAAGAUAAACUUGUUGCUGACGUUGGAAGUGGAACUGGUAUAUUAGCAAUUUGGUGUGCUCAGGCAGGAGCCAGAAAAGUUUAUGCUAUUGAGCCGAACUCGAAUAACGAUAUGAUUGAAAAGGCGGCCAAGAAAAACAAUUUAGAAAAUAAAAUAGUUGUAAUAAAGUCAAACGCUCAAAGCGCAAUUCUUCCAGAAAAAGUCGACAUUAUCAUUAGUGAAACAAUGGAUGGACUAAUGUUUCCUUCAGAAGGUGAAAUAAGUAUAGCUCCAAUCGCUGAUAAAUAUUACUAUGAGGGAAGAGAACAAUUUAUAUUAAAUUUUGAACAUAUAUAUGGAGUGGAUUUUACACAUCUUCUUGAAAGAUUUAGAAAAACAGCGAGUUCUAAAGCAUACGUUAAAUCGCUGCCUUUAGAAGGUUUAAGAGCUAAACCCGCUGUCAUUGACACAAUCGAUUUUAAAACUAUAAAAGUUGAAGAUUGUAUGAGUAUCAGAGGCAACAUUUCCUUUAAACCAGAAAUAGAUAGUGUUUUUCAUGGUUUUGGAAUAUGGUUUAAAGCCAAAUUUCCAACCGGUGAAGAAUUAGAUACUGGUCCUAUUGAUCACCCUACACAUUGGAGACAAGUUAUUUGUUUUAUUGACAAACCCAUCAAUUUAAGAAGAAAGGUUGAAUUAAAAGGAGACGUUGCCAUUACUCUUGAUGAAAAAAUGAGAUAUCAAAAUCUCAUUAUCGAUGUCGACUUGAAUGAGGAAGAGAAAAAACUUGUCAAAAAAUCUUGGGAAAUCAUGUACAAGAACGGUCAACACAUUGUUUCACCGUCUUUCGAAAUAUUGCCAUGA